CACUGUAUUACAACUUGGAUGAACAGGUUCUCUCCUCGCGCCACGGGACAUGUUUUAUUGGUGUUGGGUAGGGAAUUAUUUUAUCAUAUAAUUAGGUGGCAAAACACCUCGCCUCCACCAUGAAGAGCUCAAGAGGUACAGUAGCGACGCCAUCUUUCCAGUCCUCUCCAAGGGCUGCGCGGCAGAGCGAGUGGCUGCGGAGCGCUCUGGCCCACCAUCACUGCCCCGACCCCGGCGUGGAGAACGAAAUAGUGGUCCUGGCCACGGGGAUUGACCAGUACCUCCAGGAGGUGUUUCACCACUUGGUUUACCCCAAACAAGACGACGUGGUCUCGGCAGAGGACUUCACUGUGCUUUGCUCAGUGCUGGGGCUUACCGGAGAGGAAAGUGAGACAAGAGAUGGAGAGAAGGAAGAGGAGGGAGAUGAUGAUGAGGAGGGUCAAGGUAUUUGCUCGGGGCUCCCUCGCGAGCUGGCCUUUAGGGACUUCCAUUCGCGGCUAUGCGGUUAUUUCCGCGUCCGAGAGCGCGAUGGAACUGGACCUGGGGUCAUGCGCCUCCCAGUUACAGAGGAGACAGAGCACAUUGAGCGCGAGAUCCGGCUUCGGUGGCCGCGGGUCAGGCGAAGGAAAUGUGUCAGUUUCGACCUCACAAGAGAACAAACCGGGAGGAGGCCCGUGCCCAAGGCGCACAACCGUGAAACGGGUUCAUCAGAACUACAUCAUAAAACAGGCCAGACAGAAACGGAGUGUGUGGCUCUGAGGGAGCUGGUUGAGGACCUGCGCUCUGCUCUACAGGGCAGUGAUGCUCGCUGCCUGGCUCUGGAAGUCGCAUUACGACGACAGAGGGGCCCAGCCAGGCUUACCAUGCACCACUCCAAUGUAGCGACUUCAAACACACAUACAACCUCAAACAUACCAAUUGCAAAUGCCCAGGGACGAGAGAGGGGUGCACCUAACCCCCCAAAAGAAGUGAUCCCAAAUCCAAACCCCCAGGGCCGAGGGUGCGGGGUGGGGGAAGAGAGGGUAGCAGGGAGACGGGGCUCCAAAGACCCUAUCCUCAGGGAGCUGCAGCUGAUUCGCUCCUCACGUGACGGACAGCUGGAGGAGGCAAUCAGGUUCAACCAGCGGCUGGAGGAGGAGCUUGGCUGGGCAUAUGGGGAGGCUCGCAGGCUGGAGGGGGUGGAGUCUCGUCUACGGCAGGAGAACGCUGAGAUCAGGCGGAGAACAGAAGAGGCGAGGGAGGCUCUCAGAGAGGGGCUCAAGAAGGUGAGACUGAUCCAGAAACAGGCUCAGGACGUCCCUCAGCUCCAGAGCAGAGUCACACAGCUGGAAUCAGACAUUCAAGAGUACAGAUCACAGUGCACCUGCAGAGGAAGCCACGCCUCACCGCCUCGAGAGCCCAUGGACGACACCUGCCUCCAGCGAGCGGUGGAGGGGAGAGCUGCCUCGGACGAGGAAGAGGAAGAGAGGGAGAGGAGGAAGGAGGAGAGGGAGGAAGGACAGUGCUGCCUUUUGGAGGUGAAAAGGCUCAUCAACAGACUGCACAACUGUGGUAAAGGGUGUCAGAAUACAACAGCCCACCACUUGCUACUCUCCCAGAACCUCCUCCUUGACAACCAGAACAAUCUCCAUGGCAAUGACCUCCUCACGAUCCCCAGGGGGCGGAGCCGCAGAGGUCACACUUAUCAGGAGGAGAGGGAGACCGAGUUAGAGAAGAGGCAUGAGGAGGUGGAGGGGUUGAGGUUGGAGGUUCAGAUGGUGGAGACAGAGAGAGUACGUCUGUCACUUUUGGAGGAGAAACUGACAGACACACUAACACUGCUACUGCAGCUACGCAUCAAGGGUGUCUCUCGUAGGUCUCUGGGGAAGAUGCUGAUGGACACUCUGGAUGUCUGCAGCAAGAGUGGACAUAGCCCAUCCCAUGUGCUGCAGGUGGUCAAUGCCUUCUGUGCCCAGCUUUCGUCCAAUGAGCUGCUGCAAGAUGGGGUAGGAGUGGGAGGGGAAGGUGGCGGGGUAGGAGGAGAGGCACGAGUAUCUGUGUCUACAAGCCAGAGACCCUCAAGCACCGCCAAACCCCUUGCGCAUCUCCUGUUUAGACAACACACAACCCUCUCUUCUCACCAAACUCCCCAACUCCCCUCCAUGAACACUACAUAACUGGUCUACAGCUACAGUACACUCCUAAACCUCCUUCUGAUUAUGCUAC